GAUAUAUUAUAUAUAAAACCGUGUCGCUCGCAUACUCACACUCUCACGAUAAUAUAACCAUAUUGGCGAUAGGCUACACAGUAAAAGCGUGUUAUACUGCAUGCAACGUUGUAUAUUAGGCCUCAAAGUAUACAUAUAGAUAUAUUUAGAACGCUGCGUGCGUGCGUGCGUCGACGUCUGCGCUGCGACUCCGGUUCUUCAGUGCGCGAAGCUACACAUACACGUUCAUAUACGUCUGCGACGUGCGUGUGCGUGGGUUAAUAAUUCGCCGAUGUGUGAAACACGCUGAACUAUUAAGCCUGCAAUAAAUCAUCGCUCAAUGAGCGAACGAUGGUAGGAGCCAGUGCGACGAAAUAGAGUCGAACUAAGCACUGAGACAGUUUUUCAGUGAUCAAAGUUUAAUAAAAAAGAGACUCGAUGCGCAUCGGUCUCUCUCUAUCUGUCUCUCUCUCACUCACUUCGGUAAAUACAUGUAGGCUGCGUCGCGACACUCGUGAUAUAUAGACAGUCAGAAACUCCGAACUACCCAUAUUCAUCGUGCUGAUGCGCUAAUGCAUGCCUGGCUGUUACAAUACAGACUUGUAUUAUAUAUGUGACUUUAAUGUACUGCGUGUGAGCAGCUGAGCAAGUGCAAAGACUAAACCCCUGCCAUUGCAACGAGUGUUUCAAUUAUACAUUACACGCUCAAAAGCGUAUAAUCAAUUCGUGUAGCCAUGAGCAGUGCAUAACUCACUUAUCGAGUGCUGGUGACUGUGGAGUGUGCGAUUACUCGUGAAUAAAAAAAACGUGGAUGCGCGCGCGAUAUUCGCUACUAUGAAAUAUCUCGAGCACGCCUAAUAUAGGUGCAUAGUGAAAAGUUUAAUAGCUGUUAAAAAGCCCAGAGCCGACAAAUAUGCCGAAUCCAGGGCCUCAAGGUGAGCCAAGAGGUCGAGGGAGACCUCCAAAGCUGCGCACGGUUUGUACCUGGUGCGGCGAGAACAAGCUCAUUCUCAAGUACGUCCUACCUACUCAGCAUGGCAAAAAAGAGUUCUGCUGUCCAACUUGUCUAGCUGAGUUUCGCAAGGCUUACGUGCACGGGGCUUGCGUGCAAUGUGACAAUGUUAUUCGUGGUACUCCUGUUAAAUUGGAGCUGAAAAACGAACCAGCCAAACUAUUUUGUUCGACAAUGUGUCUUAACAAACAUCAAAAGAAAGCUUUGGCCAAAGCAGCAGCCUCGGCUGCGGCUGCUGCAGCUGCUGUGGCAACUCCUGCUGGUGAUAGUAAGAAAAACUCAGAUGAACAAGUACAAUUGGCUUCCUCAUCAUCGAUGCCCAAUCAGAAGAGCAACAACAGCACAACAACAGUAUCAAACAAUACCUCAACUCCAACGACAGUUCCAGCGUUAUCCAACAAUCAUUUGGUUAGUCCAUCUGCCAAUUCUCCUAAUCAAUUAUCAUCGCCAAGUACCACUGGUGCUAUUCAACAACCUAUACCAUUCGACUGGGAAUCCUAUUUGAAAGAAACAAACAGUGAAGCAGCCCCUCCUGAAUGCUUCAAACAGCAUGCAGAUCCACCGACUAAUGAAUUUCAAAUAAAUAUGAAAGUGGAGGCAUUAGAUCCUCGUAAUGUUACUUCAACUUGUAUUGCCACUGUAGUAGGAACGCAUGGACCUAGACUCAAGUUGAGAUUGGAUGGUUCUGACAACAAAAAUGAUUUUUGGCGUUUAGUUGAUAGCAAUGAAAUUCAUCCAAUUGGUACUUGUGAAAAAGGCGGUGGAAUGUUACAACCUCCACUUGGUUUUAGAAUGAAUGCUUCUAGUUGGCCUAUGUUUCUUCUAAAAACUUUGAAUGGAGCAGAAAUGGCUCCAGCUAAUGUGUUUAAACCAGAACCACCAACUCCAAGAAAAAAUAUGUUUAAAGUUGGUCAAAAGUUAGAGGCAAUUGAUAAAAAGAAUCCUCAAUUAAUUUGUACAGCAACUGUUGGAGCAGUUAAAGACCAAUCAAUUCAUGUAUCUUUCGAUGGAUGGAGAGGAGCAUUUGAUUACUGGUGCAGAUAUGAUUCCAGAGAUAUAUUUCCACCUGGCUGGUGUCAAAAAAGUGGACACCCAUUACAGCCUCCAAGACAAAAACCACCUGGACCAAAUAGAUUUAAAAAUCGAACAAGUAAUAUUCAAUCGACGCCUCCAGGUACAUCUGCUACUGGAACUGGACAAGAACCAGUGUCAGCAUUAGUAAGCUCUGCAAGUUCUAAUGUACCAUCUCAAAUAGCCACUGAGCCCGAUACAAGCACAACUAGUACUAAAACGAUAUCUACUGAAAAAGUUACAUUUUAUUCUAAUCAUAGCUGUUCUUUUGGGCCCUACUUUUUUCCACAUAAAAUGAAGGCUUUUUUAGAUCAAUUCACUGAUCAAGCCACAUCAGUCAUUAAAAAUAUACUUCAAGGAUUUUUGACAGCAGCGAUUAGUCCUCGUCAAAUAUUAAGCUUAUUCAGACGUGGAGAAGGCGAAAGUAUUACUUUGACAAUUGAUAAUAAAUCAACUACUGUUGUAUUACCUGUGUUUAUGGAAGAAGAUGAUGUAUAUGUGUAUAUGAAACAACAAUUAGAAGAUAUGCGUGUUUGUGAAAAUAUGUUUACUAAAAGAAAUGAAGGCUGCAUCAAGUGUCAGAAUAAACUACAAGAUUCUGCCAAGAAAGAAGAAUUGACUAAUGGUACAAUGAAAAGAAAAUGGUCAGAUUCAAAAGAAAAUCUUGCAAUGCCUCAGCCAUCUCAUGUGCAAAAGAGGGAUUCAGAGACAUCAGUUAAUCUUGUAACACCAAAUCCUAUACCAACAUCUAAUCAUGUAACAACAAAUCAAGCACCAUCACCACCAAAACAAGUUAAAAAAUCUGUUCCUGAAUUGGAAGCAGCUACUUCUACUACUCAAAAUGAAAAUCCACUUCAAAGAAUUCAAACAAUUGAACCAGGUGAAUGGACCAUUGAAGAUGUUAUUCAAUUUAUAGCUAUAACUGAUCCAGCUUUAGAACAUCAUGCAGAUUUGUUCAGAAAGCAUGAAAUUGAUGGCAAAGCCUUGCUUCUUUUGAAUUCAGAUAUGAUGAUGAAAUAUAUGGGAUUAAAACUUGGACCAGCUUUGAAGAUUUGUAAUUUAGUUAAUCGAAUUAAGGGCAGAAGACAUAUUUUACUGUGAUUAACUUGCAUGCACAUUAACUUGUAAAUCAUUUAAAGCCUGUGUUAUUCAAUUGUUAUAUAUGAUUUUGUUUAAAACUGUUUCAAGUCCAGUUUAAAAUGAUCUUUAAACACAAAUAUUUUUUUAAACUAUCUGCUUGUUGAAACUUUAUUAAAACAAAUAGUUAGUUUGAAAAAAUUAAGAACUAAAUAUAAACUUAAUUAUAUUGGUAUCAAGCGGUUGCAUAUCAAUUAAUUCAUUGUUUUGUGAAUAAUUGGAUACAUUUACAUGUAGAUUUUACACAUGUUACUAUCAAAAGUUUUCAACUGAAAAGUGAAAAAAUUUUCUAUAAUUUAUUUUAUUAUUCAAAAAUUGUGAAUAUUCACACUUUUGAAAUGUGAAUGUUAACUAGUCACACUUUUUUUUCUUUCUUUUUCUUAAAUUCAUAGAUAUAGAUAUUAAUGAAUAGAAUGGAUGAACUUAGUAUGAAAUUUGAUAUUUUAUGAAUUGACAACACUUAUAUGCAUUUCUUAUAAUUGUGCUUUUAUGAAUUAACUUUAUACUUUACAAGUAAUGUAUCAUAAUUAUUCUCAAAUUUGUAUUGUUUAAUUUACUUAAAAAAAAUGAAUUUGAUUCAUUUAUCAUGCAAGUUAUUUACAGAUUUGCAAAAGAUAAAUUCUUGAAUGAAUUUAUACAUUUUGAACUAAAAAGAGAAUUAAUUCUGAUCUUGUAGUUAAAGUUCCAAAGAAGUCUUUUCCUGAUUUUGAAUACUUUAAGUAGUACAAUACAGUUUCAACACUUACAAAAAACUAUACAGAUUUUUUUUUCAAGUGUAAAAUCAUGGACUGUGAUUUUUUAAAUUUAAGGAAACUUUGAGUAGUGACUGAUGAAAACGUAAAUAAAAUGUAACGCUGUAAUUAUUGUAAAGUUAAAUAGCUUAAGUGUAUGAGUGAAUAUGAAAUAAAUCAUGAAUUGAUUAGAUUUGUGAAAAUAACAUAAAAAUUGAAAAAAACAAACACUAUUUUUUUUGUUUAGUAUGUAAGCAAUUAGUUUACAAUAUAUAAGAAUAAAUCUCAUCAUUAAAUAAUUAUCUUAAUCUGCUUUCUCUAUGGGCCUUUCACAAAGAAAUAGGAGAAAUAGAUGAAGAUCAUUGUCAUGCCUGAUGAUAUGAAAAGAAAAAUUAAUCAAAUCUGUAUAAAUCUAAUGUAUACAUUUAUGUAAUUUACUUGUUUGUAAAA